CGCUUUUAAAUAAGCUCAUCCCCCAGCGUUGGGAUUGCAGAAGCGUGUAGCGGGAAUAUGUAGCAGGACACCUGCCCACGACAGCCACAGUCGUUAAAAAUUGAUCGCUCAGAACAUGGGACGCUUCAGAUGGGAGCUCUCCAUGUGAUUCAGUGAGUGCCUUUAUCAGCGGCAGCUGCAGUUCCCCUCACAGACACUCACACUGCCUCUCUGAGCACGAGAAACAAGGACGUCCUUCUUUUGCCUGGAAACCAGAGAUGUUAGGAACGAGCAGUUAAAGCCUCGCUGUAUCAGUACUGCUCAACUUUCAUUUCUGAGGAGUUAAUCCGCUUCUCGAGACAUUUGAAAUCGCCGUGCAGAUUUGGCGACAAGGGACUACUUGAAAAGCUAAACCUGAAUGUAAUAUUUGGUUGAAGAAGGCAGGAAUAAAAAGCCAUCAUCAUGAAUUUUGUUAUGAAGCAAGCGUUGGGAGGGGCAACCAAAGACAUGGGGAAAAUGCUGGGGGGCGAAGAGGAGAAGGACCCUGAUGCCGAGAGAAAGGAGGAAGAAAGACAGGAAGCCCUCAGACAACAGGAGGAGGAGAGGAAGGCAAAGUAUGCAAAAAUGGAAGCGGAGAGGGAAUCGAUUCGACAGGGCAUCAGGGACAAGUAUGGUAUAAAGAAGAAGGAAGAGAAAGAGGCAGAAGCCCAGGCAGCCAUGGAGCAGGCAUCAGAAGGCAGUCUGACCCGUCCCAAGAAAGCAAUCCCUGCCGGCUGCGGCAAUGAAGAAGAGGAGGAGGAAAGCAUUGUGGACACCGUUAUGAAGUUCCUCCCAGGCCCGCUUCAAGAUAUGUUUAAUAAAAAGUAACAGGGUUCCAUGACAAGUUGUGAUAAAACGGGAAUCAUUAAUGUCAUAAAAUCCACCUCUUCUUUCUCCUUCCCUUCUCUCACAUGUGCUCUAAGAUCUCUGGAAUCAAAAAUUUGUGCCAUAACAUCUGUCUUUAACUGCGAAACAUUACAUUUUCUGAUUAAAACAAUGAGGAAAAUACAAUGUGUGCACUAAGAAAUGUUACAUUGCAUACAUCACUCUGUUUAAAGGCAAAUUUAAAUCCCCCUGAGUCCGGACCUUAGAGCAAGAAUAUUUCCCAUGCCUCAUUAAUUUUGUUUGUAAAUAGCAAAGAAAAAAAUGUAUAUGACUACAGAUAUACAUACAUACAUACACACACACACACACACACACACACACACACACACACAUAUAUAUAUAUAUAUAUAUAUAUAUAUAUAUAUAUAUAUAUAUAUAUAUAUAUAUAUAUAUAUAUAAACUAUGACUAUGAUUAAAAGCCAUAAAUUUAUCUUGGAGAGAUUUCUCCAAUCAUAUCAUAUUUUUGAUUGUUGCUCUGUUAUAGAUAUUACUGAUGAAUCCAUGUGGUAUACUUAUAGAUAUAUACUGUAUACUGGUUCAUUUAUCAUCCAAACUAGUAUACAGUUCCUGCUGCCAUCAUGAACCGUCACAUCACAUCUGAUUAAUAUGACUGAAAACUGUAAUGUGGAAGAGAACGUAUAAUAUCACACACGGUCUGGUUGUUUUCCCCUAAGCAUGCUGACAAUUUUUUUUUUUAAUCAGUACACUGUAUCCCAUUUCAUUUAGCAUUUUAGCUGAAAUACACAGAAAUUUAAGGCAAUAACUCUGGUUUUGGAUUUUGUUGUCCGACAGACACCAGUGUUAAAUAGCUUAUUGUUCUCAUCUCUAGUUUAGGUAACUAAACUAUAAAGUAAGUCCCUCAUUACAUUGUCACACGCAUUCACAUCACACUCUAGAAAACUGGAUUUGAUCGAUUAAAAUGGAAUCACAUGUGUUAGCUAGUCGCCGCGAGUAAAACCUUAGCGCUCAGCUUAGCGUUCAUCUUGAACUGACUUAUUUGUGCUUUUUACAGUACUUAAGAAUGAGAGGGGUGACAUCGAUCACAUACAACUACAAUUGGAUCAAUAGGGCUAUAUAAAUAUAAAUAUAUAAUAUCUUCAUCUUCACUGCUGUACAGUAGAAUCUAGUUCUUAGUGUCUACAUUUAUUUACGUUAGCUCUCACAACACGGUUGUGAGCACACAUUACGUAAACAGACAGUGACAAUGGUGCAAUAUUUGUUUCUGAAUGAAGAUGUGUCCUGUGUCCGUUGGUUGUAUAUGGGACUCUGAUCCCAGAUCAGCAAUAACAGACAAUCUUCAUAGUUAUGUAUUCAAGCUUAUUUGCUAGAGAAUGUUUGUGUGCAAAUGCCGUGUCGUCUUCCUAGUAUCAGUCAAACAAGCUUAGUAAAAGAAGGAAGUUGCGAGAUUUUUUUAGGGUCUCUAAACAAAGCCUGGCUCUUAUUUUCCGAGCUACGACAGGAUCUGACUUGCGUUUUUAUUCUUGCUUGUUGCUAGUUUACUGUAUGACGUUAAUUCUCGUUGCUGUAACUGCAUUGAAAAGAGGGAAAACAGCAGGACUGAAUUCCUCAAUAAUGAGAAAAUCAGAAUUGAAAGAUGUGGAGUCAGAUUGUAUUAUCCAUCCUCUCUUAUUUUUACUAAGAAAAAAAUAAGCUACAGUACGCCGUGGUUUGAUAGGGUAUGCUUGUAUUCUCAUUAGAUUAUGUCCGCAAUUAUUGUAAAUAACGACGCGUUCAGGAAAAGCUGUUAGUCGCAGAUCAUUGUGUAUGUCUAGACACAGGCGAAAUUUUCAGAUUCAGAAAUAUACUAGGAAUCAGGCUGCCGUUCUGUAGUUUUGAACAUUCCGAAUAUUCCAGACAUUCCAUCUGAUCCACACUGGCUUGUGUGCAUAUAAAUAGAAAAAAAAAAUAAAUCAUGUUUUUCUGUGUCUCUAGAAAGCAUAUAAGCCGUGGCUUUUAAAGUGAAACUCAGUUUAAUUAAUAAAAUAGUUGAUUUCUAGCGCACGGUCAUAGUGAUGUCAUAGCGUUCUGUCCUGCCAUGGAACACAACACAAAAAUAUAUAUUAUAUAUAUUAUAUUAUAUAUAUAUUUAUUAAUGUUUAUGAUAUGAAUGUGCUUGCUGAUUAGAACGGCGUCCUUCAACAGCUAAACAAACUAGCCAGUUGCUAAGAUGCUAUAUUUCAUAUUAGUGGUCAAUCAUCUUGAAUGUUGUCUGAUUUUACUGCCACUUGUGUUUAAGGCCUUUACUCACCAGAAGUGACGAUGUCAGCUGUAACACUUUCGGAGAGAUGAAAAUUAAAAACUAAAUACUUUCCACUCAAAUGACUUAAGAUCUCACUUUUCCACCACUCGGUGUACUUUACAAUCAACAGAGGCCAUUUCUGAGCACAAAUUUUGCAGUUUUUGGUGAUUUUUCUACAUGACUAUCAACUGCCCUUGAUUCUGCCGCUCUCAUAGUGAGAUCUGUGUGAAGUGUGAAGCUGCACUGAUAAAUAAAUACUGCCCGAAACCCAUCACCCAUCCUAUUAUCACCUGUUUUAUUAAACCAAAGAGUGUUCCUGUUUGUGAGAAUGUCUAUCAUUAUUUCUUAUUUUUAUUAUUGUUCUUUUACAUUAUUGUGUCAGGUAGUGUGAUAUGCGAUUACUGUUCCAUCUCAGCUCUCUGGGCUUUGGGUUUUGUGAUUGCCCAUAACAGAUUCCUAAAACGAACAAAAAACGAUCGCACGAUUAAAUUUAAAAUCUAAAAACAACGUUCACCCAUCCCCUCAACAUAUUUUAUAUUCAGUACUGUGCAAGAGUGAAGGAAAAAUAUUCCAUAGUCAUCAUCAUGUUCUCUAAAUGUAAAUCAUGCAUUCACUCAAAGUCAUUCCGUGUCUCUCAGAUGUUAAUGAAGAUACUGCCUAACACAGUAACAUUAUGAAAUAUUCCAUUGUUGUUAUCUGAAUGUACAUGUCUACUCUUCUACUGCAUCGUCCUGCGCGGUUUCCUCUAUGUUAAAAACGAUUAUCUCGGUGUGAUUUUCUGUCUGUAAUCUGUUCCUGUUCCUGUCUCUUGGUGGUUGUGUUUUGGAAGAAUUAUGUUUCUUAUUUGGUGCAUUUUUUAAGUCAUUGUAGAUUCUUCUCCCUCUCUCUUUGUUGAUGAAUUGUAUGCAUGCAUAUGAUGUGCACUGUAGGUGAGGUUGUAAAUGAUAUUUCUGUGUGUCCUCUGUGUUUUCUGAGCGCUCCACCUGUAGGCCUCACUGCAUGCCCGUUAUAGACAGAUUUUAGACUGUAACAUUCCUGCCAAAUGGAAUCACCAACACACGAAUAAUAAAGUGAUUUCAUAUAA